AUGACAGUUUAUAGAGCUGUCGACUGCCGGUGGAGUCAUGCAGAUAAAGUGGUAUCACGAAGGCAGGAAGGGGAUAAAACGGAUUGCCGCGGGAGCGAGACGGGGCUAGCUGACGCGGUAGUUGCGCGCGCGCCGUUCAUUGAUGCGCAGGCGCCGAGGGGCCGGGGGCCGAGGGAGAGGAAUGCGGCCGCGGCGAGCAAUGACCGCGUCAGGGUCGCUUCCUUUACGAGAAGCGCGGGCCGUCGUACUACAGCCGAUGCCUCUCCGCCCCGCCCUCCCCCUCCGACCUCUCCCUUCCCCCUCCACACCGAGCCCCUCAGCACUCGGCCCGUACUACAUGGCGUGGCCCCCGCCGCCGCCGUGCGUCGACGCGCGCUUUUCGACCCGCAGUCCGUUAGAAAAAUUAAGUGCGCCGCAUUCCGCGACCAUUCCGACCUCUCUAUCGCACCGCGAGAAUCCACUCUUUCCGUUCCUCUC